AUGGGCAAAGCUGUGACCGCGCUAAAGAGCGCGCCCCGUCGGCAGCUGCAGGCGCUGGCCAUGGAGAUGAAGCUGUGUCGAGGCAACGCCAAGUCGGAUGUGAUCCUGAGCCACGCGCUGCAGUAUCUGGACGAGCACCCGCGCGACGGGGAGCAGCAGAUGCUGAACGUGCUGAGCAGCAUCGAGAUCGCGUCGUCACCCGCGGCCAAGACAGUGACUAUGAAGAGGGGCACGAAGCGUGAAGUGGAGCCAGAGGCAGAGCCGGAGGACCCGACAGUCAUUGAGGCUACGCGCGUGUGCAGGAAGACGAUGCAGUUGACGCCAACGGAUUCGAAGCCGAAGAAGACGCUGAAGCGAAAGCACUCGCCGUCGCCUAUUGCUGGUGACAAGUCGCCACAUACCUCUGCUUUAGCCGCUGAGGACACUUGUGGCGAAACCAAACAGGUGACGCCAACGGGUACGAAAAAGAUGAAGACGACAAAGAGCAAGCACUUGCCGUCUCCCACAGUUGGUAAGGAGUCCCCGCAAGCCACUGCGUCGCCCAUUGAGAGCAUUGGCAGGGAGAAGAAGCUGGUGACGCCUAUUGACACGAAGAAGAAGAGGAGCGCAACAGCAAAGAGCAAGUCGACGCCAUCUCCUGCAGCUGUCAAGAAGUCUCCUCAAGCAACUGUCAAGAAGUCUCCUCAAGCAAGUGCGUCACCCGCAGAGAGCGCCAGCAAUGAUGACAAGCUGGUGACGCCAGUCGAUACGAAGAAGAAGAGGAGCGCAACAGCAAAGAGCAAGUCGACGCCAUCUCCUGCAGCUGUCAAGAAGUCUCCUCAAGCAAGUGCGUCACCCGCAGAGAGCGCCAGCAAUGAUGACAAGCUGGUGGCGCCAGUCGAUACAAAGAAGAAGAGGAGCGCAACAGCAAAGAGCAAGUCGACGCCAUCUCCCGCAGCUGUCAAGAAGUCUACAACUACCUCCGUGUCCGUGUUGGAUAGCGCUGGCAGUGAUGGCAAGGUGUUGGCGUCUACAAACACGAAAACAAAGACAACGAAGGGCAAGCAGACGUCGUCAGCUGUAGGUGCUAAGAGGCCUUCCUCUACCACUGCAUCAUCCGCUGAAAGAUCGAGUCUUGGCGAGCAGCCUUUGCUUACGACAACGAAAGGGCUUGCGAGCAAUCAGAGACCAGUGCCUGCAGAAAAGGUGGUUGGUCUUAAGAGAGAGAAGCCUAUUCCAACCAGCAAGAAAGGUGCAUCCGUCGGCAAAACGACAGAGAUCGAGCCGCGUUCCUCAGUGGCAGCCCUUGUCGAGUCUACGGCUGAUUUGACAUUCAUCGGCGAAUCGCGAGUCCGCUGCUCCACUACAGGGCACGAGAUGGUCGCAGACGUGAACGUCAUCACCACGUACUUGCACGGCAAGCGGUACCAGAAAGCACGUAGGCUCAAGGUCUCAUUUGCAAAGUACGCGCCAAUGUUUGUGGAUCACCCGGACGAGCACAAGCCGGGCAUGUUGUGGUGCAAUGUGACCGACUCCGCCAUUGCUCGUGACGAAAUGCGCGUAAAGGACCACAUUGGCGCUUCCAAGUACCAGAAACAGCUACCGAUUUGGAAAGAGCAGGAGGCGGCAAAGGCGAAGAAGGCAGAGGAGAUGGCAAUGAAGGCGAAGAAGAAGGCGGCAGAGGAGGCGGACGAGACUCGUCGUCACGCCGCUCGCACGAAAAAGAUGGCAGCCAAGAAGAGGAAGCGAUCCGGUAAGAGAAACGGCGAAGAGGCAGUGGGGCACAAGCGACAAAAGCUCUCGGCCGUGACUGAAUCGGACAAGUAG